GAGGUUUCCAGCACAAUUGCCCUGCGAAUAAUCCUCCUGCUUCCAGAGGGUACCUCACAAACUUGAAAAGCAAGCAGGUCUCAGUUCUGGAAGUCAUUACAGGCAGGUAAAGCCCACAGGUUGAAUGCAGAGGAGAGGGAGCAGCUGCUGCCAAACCUGAGAGCCGUGGGGUGGAAUGAGGUGGAAGGAAGAGACGCCAUCUUCAAAGAGUUCCACUUCAAGGACUUCAAUCGGGCCUUUGGCUUCAUGACCAGAGUGGCUCUACAAGCAGAAAAACUGGAUCACCACCCUGAAUGGUUCAAUGUGUAUAAUAAGGUUCACAUCACCUUGAGCACCCACGAGUGCACAGGUUUAUCCGAGAGAGACAUCAACUUGGCCAGCUUCAUCGAGCAGGUUGCAGCUUCUCUCUCUUGACCAGAGAGGGAGACACAUGAAGCCAAAAAUCAGCCCUGCCGCAGCCACGACCCGCACCUCGCCUCAAUGACUGCACCUCACAUUUUCUCCUGUUUCCCAACCAGUGCCCAGACCCAGACUGCCUAAGACUGCACCAGGCUCCCUGCCCCAGCUUGGCAUUUCAGACAGGUGGGAGCACCCAGCAAGCCUUUACUCCUGUGCAUAUACUUCUCUCUCAUCUUGCCACUUCCACGCUUAAACCCUUCUUUAUCUGUGCACUACCCACCUACAAAUUGCUGACUCUUGGAGACUUUCAGAAACCAUGCCCUUCUACCAGGAGUAACAUUACACAAUUGCAGGAGUAAAUCUUUCCAGAAUAUGACCCCAUCUAGUCACUACUGUUGCUUCUUACAUACCAAAAUAUGCUUUACUAUUCAAAACAUGGUAUGUUAACCCUUUGGUAUCUCCAUUACACACUGACAACUGUGAUGUGCAAUUUGGUUAUUAAUGUAACCUCUCUCUAGCAGUAUUAUAAGAAGGCAUGUGAUCUCACUGCUAUUCUAAGUGGCUUUUAGUAGGAUACCAGCUGAAAAUGUUUACAAUAAAGUUCUUGGUUGAGCUCA